UUCCACUUGCUGCAAAGUCGCCCUCGACUGAGCACGACCACAACCCUUUUUUAGCCCGGCGCUCUGUGCUUGCGCUGCGUGAGUUUCGGACCCAUAGGUUCCCAUUCGACAACCAAAACCGACGACAAUUUCCUUCCGGACUCCCCUUGCGACAAUAAACAUGCUGUCUAAUCCAUCUGGACUCCAUGCCCGUCAACGGCAGCAUCGGCGUCAAAACUCGACGCCGACUGCCUUUGAGGGCGUCAAGAUCCCCAACCUGCCCACCACGACACAACGACAAGCCGCUCAUCGCCGCGGACUUAGUCUCGACAUCCGACGUCCUCACAACUCGUCAUCAUCAACAGCAAGGCAGAACUUCAUGGUAAGUACAAAUACUAACAACACAGGACUAGCAAGUAGUUCGCAGCAUCACGUUCUGCGAGAAGCGCAGCAGCAACGCAUUCAAGCACGCCCGGGCACACAUCAGCACCCUUACGCCAACCUGGCGCCAAGCGGAAGCGAGAACUACAUGAUCUCCCCCCAUGGAACUCCUCAGGCACAACGGUUUGACCCGUCCUGCUUUGACCCUAACAACAUCCCCUACGAUCCAUACAGUGGUGACCUGAACGUGAUGAUGGGCAAGGGCCAGGCGGUCUACGGUGAAAACAUGUCGGGAGGUAAAGACUUUGACCCUUUUAACAAUGACAGUGCUCUUUCGACUCCUACGUUUAUGAACUUCCAAGAAAGCCCCUCCGCGCCUGGAUGGGCGUCUGAGGGCGACACAUCCAGCACGCGGAGGACUUCGCGGAGGAUCAGCAACGGUAUUAUGGACCGAGUCAGCAAAUUCGAGACCCUCGGAGACGGGCUCCAAAGGCCUACCACACCCCCGAAUUCUAAUUCACAAAACUACUACCCCCCUACACCAAUGGAGACUCCCCAGGACCGAUUGGUAAAGAAUGAAGGCGCCCCCAGCAGAUUCCAGGACGGCUACGACGAGUCCAUGGAGGAGACCAUCAAGCCUGUGAGGGCCCGUGGAAACGCAAGCCGACGAGCCGAGACCAUCUUCCAGGAGAUGCGCAAGCAGUCCGAGCAGGCGGAUCCCAACCCUCCCAGGUCCGCGGCGAUGCCCGAGGCUGAGUCUUUCCACGGCCUGCCCAUGCACACUCCCGACUACAUGAGCAUGAACAACUUUAACAGCGAGUUCAUGAAGAUUGAGAACAACUUUGAGCGGGACCAGGUCGAUGUACACGGCCUCGACAUGAACCACAUGUCCCAGCACGCUUCCCCCGGUACUCCCCAGAUGGCUCAGUUCAUGACCUUUGAGAACAAGCCCGACCUCAGACCCUACCCCUUGACUGCCCAAGCUCUCUCUGCCCAUCCCUCGCAAUCUCCCAACCGCGAAUCACCUCACCGCCGCACCGAGUCUCUGGCCAGCAUCGCUAGUGCAGCGAGCAUCGCCAGCAUCAACAUUGAGGAGACCAAGACCGACACCGGUGUCACCUUGGAGGAGAUCUCCCAGUACAUCCGUGGCCCCGACGCCGGCGAUGGCAAGUGGGUGUGUCAGUUUGACGACUGCGGCAAGAAGUUUGGCCGCAAGGAGAACAUCAAGUCCCACGUCCAGACCCAUCUCAACGACCGCCAGUACCAGUGCCCGACCUGCCAGAAGUGCUUCGUCCGCCAGCAUGACCUCAAGAGACACGCCAAGAUCCACACCGGCAUCAAGCCCUACCCCUGCGAGUGCGGUAACAGCUUCGCUCGCCACGAUGCGCUUACGAGACAUCGCCAACGAGGCAUGUGCAUUGGCGCCUUUGACGGCAUCGUCCGCAAGGUUGUCAAGCGUGGCCGACCGAAGAAGAACCGCCCUGAUAUCGAUACCCGUAUGGAGAAGUCCGCGCGAACCCGCAAGAAGAACAUGUCCAUUAGCUCCAUGUCCUCAUUCUCGGGCUACUCUGAUUGCUCUUCUGCGAACUCGCCCGACAACGACUACAACAUGCUCGAUGAUAUGAUCGACAUGGGAAUGGGCGCUCAAACUCACAACCUAGCAUCGGUCUCUUCCGCUCCGAUGACAUCUAUGGCUGUCCCGGCGAUGGCUUCCAUGGCCUCGUCUCCUUCAGCAGUCAGCGCCCAUUCUUACGUCUCCCCCGAAGCCAUCAUGGAUGGAACCCCCGUGAAUGCCGUAUCCCCCGCCAAGAGCGCCGCAAGCCAGUACAACACCCCCCCUGAGCUCUCUCAGUCAUCCUCGCCGCCUCCCACUCAGUUCUUCGACGUUGAUGCCAACACCUCGAUUGGUGCCGACGAUCUGAGCAGUCUCUCGGGUACCAGCGCGUUGAUGAGCUCCGCUAGCAUGAGCGGAACCCUGCCCCUUGGCAUGAGCGACCAUGACGACGAUAUGCUGCUCCAGUUCACAAACGACGACGGCCUAGUCCAGCUCGACCGUGAUCCCAGCAUGCUCAUGAUGAGCAAGUUUGACGAAGAAUUCGAUAACGCCGUCGGUAUGUUCACCAACAACAACGACGACGUCUUCUUCGGCAGCUCUUGAAUCCACAACCUCAAUCUCAUCCAUUUCGUCACGCCAAAAGUUCCUGUCAUCUUCAUUAACCACAAACAACCUCGGGGCAUUUAAUCAAGCGGCUUACUUUAUUUCACGGUUAUCGUUUAUCAAACAAUUUCUUUUCGGGGGAGGGGUAGCUCGGGAACCGGAUCUUCUACGACGCGGAUCUUUACGACGCUCAUGUCC